AUGUACUUGCAAGUCCCAGAAUGGCUACUGCAACACCGGCCUCAACUUCGAUACAAUCUCAAGAAAAACACCAAGAUGCUUACCACCAUUUCGGACUUGCAUCAAACUAUCAAACAUUUAGCUUUACAUAAUCCAGCUGAAACACCCCCGGGUACUGGGGUUUCGCAGGAAGCCAAAAGCUUGUUGCAACCAGUGCCAAAGACAAGAACCUGCUACGAUGCAGGUGUUCCCAUGCAUCUGUGUGGCUGCGAAGAAUCCACAGGCAAUGUGGAUUCCGUGGCUUUAAAGAAGCUUCCCAUGACAAAUAUGGAAUUGGCAAAAGCGGGUUUAGCAGUCAUAGAAUUCAUGAGAGAAACUGCAGAAAACCCCUUCUACAAGAAAGUCUACCUCAGGAGACACGGCCAAACAGCGGGGGUUAGCUUGCUCUUCCAUAAUCACGAGGUGCUUGCUGCUGAUCAUCUUCCAGAGGAAGAGAAAAAUCUUCGCCCUGAAUUCAGCUUCUUUCCUGCAUUUGUUUUUGGCACUUGCAAAGACUGGGACUUGAAAGAGAUUGAGGUGAUGUCAAUCAGAAGGAUCCCAGCGACAAAAAACUCAGUACAAGAAGAAUUAGAACUUCAUUUGAAAUUAUCGCCAGGACCAGCUCAUGUUCACGUCGUGACUGGGGCAAACAGAGACACGACCACUUCAAUCAUGGGUGAAAUCCAAGUUCAAGAAGUGGUCCGCCUGGACAGGUAUUCUCACACAGGGAAAUGCGUCAAAAGUUGGGCACCAUCCCUGGAGAGUUUUUGUUAUUGUCUGAGCAAUGACACUAGUUUUAAAGUGAUACAUUUGUGAAGAAAAGUGCAUGUUCGACAAAUGAUGUACUUCCUCGCUUGUGGCAAUAAUAGAAAAUACUUUGGUGCGUUCAU